AUGACGAACAAACGUAAUUCUCUGCAAGAUCAACCAACGGCGGCGUCCUCAAGCGACGACGACGAAAUGGAGACUUCCGGCGCAGAAUCUGAAGAAGCUUCUUCGUCGUCCAAUGAAGAAACCAAAGAUCCCGCCGCCAAACCUCCUUCCUCCGCCGUCACAAUCGCUGUCCCUGGAAAACCCACAGUCUCCGCCGCCGCCGCAAAGGAAUCUUUCGAUUCCGAAUCUGAAUCGGAAAGCGAGACCUACUCCGACUCCGAAUCGAAUCCUCCUCCGACUCAAGCAUCUGUAAAAUCCCUCGCCGUAACCACCGUUCCCUCCGCCGCGAAGCCCAAGAAGAAGGAAACCGAAGCCGCCGCUCUAUCUCUCCCGGAGGCGAAAUCAGGAGCCAAGCGUCCGAGGGAAGGGACCUCGAGAGAAACCAAAUCGAAGCGAGGGAAGAAAGCCACUUCCGGAGACGAGGAGAAGAAGAUCGGAGAAGACGCGAAGAAGCCUGCUUUUCAGAGAAUGUGGACUGAAGACGACGAGAUCACAAUCUUACAAGGGAUGAUCGAUUUCCAAGCCGAUAAUGGCCAGUCUCCAUACGAAGACACGACUGAUUACUACAAUCUCACCAAAGGCUCCAUUAGCGUGGAGGUGAGUAAGAGUCAGUUCAUGGAUAAGCUUAGGGGCUUGAGGAAGAAGUAUGUGAACAAGGAUAAUCCUUGUUUCACUAAGCCUCAUGAUCAGAAAUGUUACAAGCUGUGCAAAUACAUUUGGGGAUCUGAUGGAUUAGCUCUUGAAUCCGCUGUGAAAUCAAAGACGAAGAAAUCAAAGAAGAGUGGCCAGAAGAAGACGAAGAUGCUUGACGCUGUGAAGCCUAAUGGUAAAGAGAAAGCUGUCGAAGAUGAUGAUAGUGUUGCUGUGAAGAAGUCUGACUGGUUCGAGAAGUCCUUUCUAGUUGGAGCCAUUGCUAGUAUUGGUGUUGAUGAGAGUUAUGUGAAGGAGAAGUGGAGUUUGGUUCCUGUGGAGACGAAGAAGAAGGUUGCAGAUAAGGUUAAAGUGUUCCAGGGGAAGGAGUUUGAGUUUGUGGUGCUCAAGCAUGAGUUUUUGCAUGAGGUUACCUCUAUGCUCCUGGAAUCAACCAAGAACAUGCCAUUAGACAUAUAG